CUGUUUCAAUCAGCUCGUCAUAUUCAGAAAAUCUCAUUUUCCGUUUCAUUAGUCUCACGGCCUAAUGCGAGUCCAUCAGAAGAACUUUCCCGAGACAACAAUCAGACUGAACACAGAUGUCUUCAGUUCUUUACAUUAUCGUUGUAUUGCUCCUGCUACAGGCUUUAAUUUGUCACCAACAAGAAAAAUGUGCAGUCUUGGAGUUUUAUCACGUGGAACAAAAUAAUUUAUGGGUCCUGGAAAACCAUUAUGCUAAUGUGACUUUUGGAAUUAACGAUUUAGGCUGCAAUCACACCAACACACUGUACAAAGUCACUGUGCAGACCAGAACAAGCAAUGGAAGUCUGGAAUAUGAUGGGACCAUCACCUUCUUGAGCGACACCUGUGCUGGAACAAACCUGAAAUCUGUUCGGUGCAUCAGUCCCACAGGUCCUGCGGAGCUGUACAGAAAAGUCAACAGAUCGCACGUAGAAAUAAGAUGGGAAUGGGUGUGGAAAAACACCCUGUUUAAUAAUUUUACAACCGAGCAAAAAGACCUCAAACUUACAGUAGCUUACCCUCCGAGUGUCACAGGACUGACUGUCAGUGGUCAUGCUGUGAACAGCAGCCAUCUUAUUGUGGAGGGUCAGACGGUCAACAUUUCCUGCUCAUUCGACAAGGGGAUCCCUCCAGCCAGCUUUCGUCUUCUAGACGAACAUGGGAGGGAAAUAAAGACCAGGAGAGAUGAAAAACAUUUGAAUGCCACCAUCACAGCGCAGUGCUACCAGGACUGGGCAUCUGUCCGGUGUGAAGCCAACUCCUCAGAAAAUAACAGAUCCGUGUCCUUUCUUGCCACAUGUCCUCCUCAGUUUAUUGACAAAUCUCCCAAGUUCAUUGACAUGGAAACACAGGAACUUUGGCUGUUCAGAGUCAAGGCUCACUCAACAGCAAUACAGAAAUGUCUGUUGGCCCCAUCUACAGUAGGCGAAAACAAAAACAAAGAAGUGAACUGCACACUGACGGGUAGUCCACCCAACCUGCUACUAACCCUGUCUGUUGACAAGGAAGAGUGCUCAAAGAGUGGACACUGGGCCUUAACUUUAUUUAGUGAGAAAGGCUCUUCAGACAUGCUAGUCUUCAGCACACCUCGUGAGUAUAUUUCAUCAAUCGAAGAAGUAGCAGAAUAUUACACCUGGUUCUGAGUGAAUGGAGCUGUAGAACCUGGCUGUAAAAGUUUCCAUGUUAAUUGAUGCAUUGUAAAUUCUAGAAGGUCCUACAAUAUGAAUGACUGAUAUCUGAUAUAAUCAGGAACGGUUGAAAAGCUUCUUACUAAAUUAUUUUUCUUCUUAUCAAAAUAAAAGAGUUAAUAAAUAAAUAAAAUUAAAUGUGUACUAAAUUAAACAAAACUAAAUUUAAAAACCCAUGAAGUCAAUAGCUGGCGGUAAAUAUUGCGACCAUCUCUGUGUAAAGCAGCAUUAGUUGUAAUCAAUGGCAGCAACUAAUCAUGAUGUCACGUGACCAGACAUCAGCCUUUUCCACCUUUUGUUUUUGUCUGACUGACCUCGGACACGACUUGGUUCCGCUCGGAGUUUCUGUUGUUCACGAAACGCGCUGGGAUGUUGGUGAUGUGGUGUAGUCUCUGGCCAGACUUUUUCUGUCCUUGCGUUUAUACACCCGAUUUUUUUGACUAGUUUUACUAGCAUAGCAAGUGGCUCAUCCCAUGCUCAAUCAAUUUUCCCACAAUUCCUUGUCAUCGGUUUUUGUUCCACGAAUGGCAAUGCGAUGUUUUUCUUCCAUCUCCUACGGCGUUCCAGAUACAUUUUCGCGAGUAGUUUAAGAUUCAACUAUAAUUUUCGCAACUGUGCAACAACAUUUGUUUAUUCCGUCUCUACCGUUCAACCGCGCAUGCGCCAAAUCGUCAUUUGUCGCUUCGACAACUGAGGUAAAGGAAAUGAAAGUACAUCGUCUUCUACAUCGUGUUUGAUGACAUCAUCUGAAAGAGGUGAGCAGCUUGAAAGAUAAGUAAAUACUAUCAAUAUUUAUUAAUAAUAUUGUGGUUGUGUAUGAUGAACACUGAGGUGAGAGUGAGAGACUCACGAGGCUGACUGAUAAUCUGUUCUUAGUGGUUUCUUAAUUCAGAAUAAGACACCUUGCAUGAGUGUUUUGCAUGUAUGUGUGUGUGUUGUCUAGUCUCUGACUUUGGCCAUUAUGCUGCUUGAUGUUGCUCAGUCACAGGUUAACGAGGUUAGUACAGAAUUCUUGUAGAAAAUUUUGUAAUUUUUAUUCCCAUAAUUAUAUCUAUUAAAUAAGCAGGUUAGUGUCCAAAAUCCGACACACUCCUGACUUCACAAGUGCAAAGGUUGCUAUUUUCAGCAUCUUCCUUCCGUUAUUAAGACAACUAUCUCAUAACUGUUUAAUCUGUUUAUUAAUUAUUAUUAUUGAUAAUCUGUGAAUCCAAAGCUAGAAAAGUGUUCCCCAUUUCGCUGGACAGGGAAAACCCGAGACAUCGCCAAUCUCUUCCUUUUCGGGAACUGACCAUGCUGACCAUCACGUACACAAGU